ACGUUGGGACGAUAGGUCGCGUCACUUUUUCAUGAAAAGGUCACUUCCUUCUCUCUGCCAGCCUGGAUGCAGGCUGGGUAGUCCUUAAAUGGAGUUUCUUUAAUCUUCACACUUAGGAUGCCGGAUGUUCCAUUUCCAGAACAACUUCUCCCGGUCUCCGUGGCACUGGGUCACCAGCGGGUUGGAGCUCUGCGGUCCUUGCCGCCGUCGCAGUCACCGGAUUCCUGCAGCCGUUCUGCGAACCGUGCCCCACUUGCAUCUGCACAACCUCUGCUGCUCCCCCGCCGCCACCGCCUCGGCGCCCUUCCACUGGCCCUCGUUCCCCCAAUGUCUGACUCUGAUUCUCGGACUGAGAAACGCAAGAAAAAAAGACCAAAUGGCCAAGCAACCUUCUGAUGUAAGUUCUGAGUGUGACAGAGAAGGUGGACAAUUGCAGCCUGCUGAGAGGCCUCCCCAGCUCAGGCCUGGGGCCCCUACCUCCCUACAGACAGAACCGCAAGGUAAUCCCGACGGCGAAGGGGACCGCUGCCCCCACGGCAGCCCUCAGGGCCCGCUGGCCCCAACGGCCAGCCCUGGCCCUUUUGCUACCAGAUCCCCACUUUUCAUCCGUGUGAGAAGAUCUUCUCUGCUGUCCCGGUCCUCCAGUGGGUAUUUCUCUUUUGACACAGACAGGAGUCCGGCACCCAUGAGUUGUGACAAGUCAACACAAACCCCAAGUCCUCAUUGCCAGGUCUUCAACCAUUAUCUCAGUGCAAUGGCUUCCAUAAGGCAGUCUCAGGAGGAACCUGCAGAUAUUCGCCCGGAGAUCUGGAUUGCACAGGAGCUUCGGAGGAUUGGAGACGAGUUCAACGAAUCUUACGCAAGAAGGGUAAAUAACUACCCAGAGGCCGAGGAGCACGCUCACCACCCUCAAAUGGUUAUUUUACAACUGUUACGAUUCAUCCUCCGUCUAGUAUGGAGAAGGCAUUGACAGGAUCUUCCCGCUGCCAGGAUAAAAACGUGGACAUUGCUCUUGUUCAGACCGCCAGAACCCCAGCACUUUGGUCUCUCGGCGCUGUGACGAUGCAGCCGGUGGCUCUAUCCCAGAGAGGUGCUGCGGGUGGACGACACACUGCCCUGUGUCGAUGUGAACGUCACCCUUCUGUGUGUCACCACAUGGCAGGAUUUCCAGGAGACGUUUGUGUGAAUGUAAACAGGGAGGGUUCUUCUCGUCUAGUGUCCAGAGCCUGGGUCUUUGGAGGAGAGUCACCAUGCGGGGAAGGUGUUUACAUGCAGUGUGUUCCUUUGUUUUUCCAACCUACUUUCUUUGAUAACCAUUUGGGUUUUUUUUUUGUUGUUGUUCGUUUUUUGUUUGGGGGUUUUUCUGGUGGGUUUUUUUUUUUUUUUUUUCAGAAAAAAACAUGAAAACUCUUUAGCCAACUUGUGGAUGAUUUUUAUAUUGAAAUUCUAAGAACCUGUUGCCUACUCUCAGAGGAUUCUGUAAACCUGCAGUAGGAACUGAGCCGGCCGCUUUAGAAGGCUGUCUUAGUUUAUUUUUGGAGAUUACUGUGUACAGACUUUUUAAACGGGGAGAGUAUGGUGUUUCCCCUCUCCCCUCUGCCAUGGCUUCUUUGAGUUUCUUUUUUGAUUGUCACUACCAAAACAGUUCUUACGAAAUGGUAAGGAUGAAAGUGGCCAAGGGUCAGUUUUGGUGUGCCACCCCCAUUUUGUAAAUACCUCCUUAGCUCAGUUGCUUCUGUGGCAAAAUUUCACACGUUCUGUGUUUUCCCUCAUCUCCUCCUCCUCAGUCUGUCUCCACACUGACGCACAGGUUUGGCCCAGGGUGUUCUCAUGAGGCCAUGUCUUUGGGUCAGCAAGGGCUAGGGGCUGCCCGGAUUGUUCCCAGCCCCAUCGAUCAAGCUGACUCGUGAGAAGGGCUCUUGUCACUUCACUUCUUCGGGGUGGGUUUGUUUGUCUCUUACAUCCUGAGAGAAUGCAGACUUGCAACACUUGCUGAAGCUGUUAGCUCUUGGUUGCAGGUUUUGCUGCAGUCAUAGGCUCUGCCUUGCAUGUACCAGGUGGGUGAGAGCCCACACUUUUGGGGAUUGGCCAGGUCCUUUAGGAAGCAAGGGGCUCAGGUAUUCAUUUUCCAUGCUACUUGGCACUUAGCCCUGCUCAUCCCGCCUGGCCCAUGACACCUGAACUCCAUCCCCAUUCCUUUAACCCACCUUGAGAUAAAGACUGGCUCUGCUUCACCAGUCACUGUAUAUAGGAAACCUCCAUUACACCAGGUGAAACGUGCUUUUUGGUCUUCCAAAAGAUGACUGACUACUUUCUUCUCCAUUUUGUGUCCGGGGUGGGGGGUGCUCUCUCUUGGUACCUGCCCCUUAGGAUCAUGUGCCCCAGAAGGCCACACAUUGGUCAGCCAUUUCAGGAGCAGGCAGGACUGGAGGUGUACAGCCUGGGGAAGGAGCACUUCCCCACCACAUGUAGAGGACCUGGCUUCCAUCCCCAGCACCUCCCAAAGCAAACAGCACGGAUAACCAGGGAGGAGGACACAGAAAAAGGACAGAGGGAAAACCA